AUGAGCAUUGUGGUGACCAAGCGCUCGCCGGAGGUAGUGAGCCCGUCGGAGCCGUGGACGCCGACUGGUGACAUUCACCUGUCGCGUUUUGACAAGGAUGCCAGAUGCGUGGCAGUGCCGUUGGUCCUGUUAUUCGACAAACCAAUCGUCGAUCCGGUGGAGAACAUCCGGAGGGCACUGUCGCGAGCACUGGUGCACUACUAUCCUAUCGCUGGUCGCCUUGCAGCUGGAGCUGACGGCUGUGAGGUCAUCACAUGCGCUGGCGAGGGUCAUGGCGUGCUGUUGGUGGCAGCGUCGGCUAGCUGCGCCGUUGACGCCCUGCUGCGGUCAUCCCCGCCGGCGGUACUCAGCGACCUCUUGGUUCACUACCCUGAGGAGGCCCGCUGUCGCCAUGCCGACCCGUUGCUGCUGAUGCAGGUUACGGAGUUCUCGUGCGGCGGGUUUGCCGUCGGUGUUACGUGGAACCACGUUGUGGCCGACGGAAAGGGAAUCGGACAGUUCUUGCAGGCCGUUGGAGAGUUGGCCCGUGGUACGUCACCGCCGUCCAUCAUUCCGGUGAGGUCGGAUGAGUCGGUCCUGGCAGCCCAGCCGCGAGGAUCAUUCACUACCAAGGACUUUAGUUGUGUGGAACAUACCGAGGGCAUGGCCUUUCUUGACUUCACUCUCCCUUGGAGAUUGAUCAGCCGCGUCAAAGCUCUGUGUACGUGCACAGUGUUGGAAGCGGUGGUCGCUCUAGUGUGGCAAUGCCGCGCCCGGGCACUCAUCGCCGCCCCUGACGUCGACCCUGUCCCUGCUACGUCGCUCCAUUUGGGAUGCAACGUGCGCGGCUUCGUCGGCGCCGCGGGGGGCUACUACGGCAACUGCCUCGUGACCACGGAGUCAGUGGCAGCGCCGAGCGCGGAGGUGGCGAACGGUGACAUCAUAGACGUGGUGAAGCUCAUCAAGAUUGCCAAGCAAAAUAUACAGGCCAAUGUCAAGAGCUGUAGCGACCCUGCACCUGCAGUGCGGCACCGGGUUGGAUACAACACGCUCGUGGCGUCAAGCUGGCGGAACAUUGGGCUCGAAGAAGCGGACUUUGGCGGUGGUAGGCCGGCACGGGUAAUUUGGUAUGCGCCCAAGAUGACCUUGCCAUUCUUCGUCCUGUGCCCGCCGUGGAAAGGGAACGACCAAGGGGUCAACGUCUUGGGAUACAUUGUUAAGAAGGAGCAUGUUGAUGCUUUCAUGCGGGAGAUCGGGAAGGGAGGUGAACGAGUUAAUUAA